AUGGAGUUCAAUAAGGGACGAAACAUCACCUAGAUUGGAGGAGAUGAAUAGGAUCGUUUCAUUUCCCGCAUGCAUCUCACUAGAGGUGAGAUGAUCAGCUUCUCCUUGAGAAGAGAAACUCCAAGGCUUGUUGUUAUCUAUCUCAACUAUGAGGAAGAAGAAGAUGACCCACUUGAUGAAGCAGUCUUUACCCGAAGAAUAACUAGGCUGAGCGAAGAUGAAACCAACAUGCUUUGGGAAAAACUUCCGCCACGUGAUGCCUACGUCGAGAUGCCAUUCGUGACCCGCCUGACACAAACGAUGGUUAACCGCCAUGUCAUGAUAUUACCUAAGAGUCUAUGUGUGAGUUAUGGCAUCGAGCCGGAUGUAGAAGGCAUUGCUAGACUAUGCCUUCCUACAAGGGGCUCUGUCACCAGGUGUGCUUAUGAAGUGCACACAGAUGGGCACAAUAUUUUCAGUGUGGCUGGGUGGAGCAACUUCCUCAUUGGCAAAAAUCUCUGGGUUGGACAUGUCGUCUUAGUCACUAUCAGGAAUACCCCAUGCCAUGACUUUAGGAUGAUGAUUGUUAUCGACCUCCUUUAA